AUGAUCGCUGAUUGUCAAAAAUUAGCAGAUAGUGUUAAUAAACACAUAUCACCCGCAUGGAUCUUCAUUGGUACAAUUAGCAAUAUUCUUAGUAUAGCCGUGUUAUUACGUCGUCGUAUGCGCAUUCAUUCAACAUUUUGCUAUCUCGCUGCUUUGUCGUUUGCCGAUUUAAUCGUACUUUAUACUGGAAUGUUGAGAGACUUUUUGUUUCAUCGAUAUAAUUUAACUAUUUCAACCAAAAUACUAUGUAAAUUACACGUAUUCGCAUUCUACUAUUCAUUACAUUUAAGUAGUUGGUUACUAGUCGCUGUUAAUAUCGAUCGAUAUAUCGCUGUAACAUUUCUGAAUUUUUCUCGUACAUGGUGUACAUCUAAAAAUGCUCUAUUUAUUUCAUGUAAUCUUGCACUUAUUCUAUGUUUGGUUGAUGGUCAUUUAUUAUUAUUUGUUGAUUCUUUUUUUAUUCAGAACGGAGUGCCUGUUAAUGAAUUUGUUUAUAAAAAAUGUUUUGCAACAAAUGGAACAUAUGAAUAUUUUUUCAAUAUAAUUUUUCCAUGGUUUGAUAUUUCAUUACAAGUUCUACUACCAUUUCUAAUUAUGUUAUUCUGUAAUAUAACAAUUGUUCGUAGAGUAUUAUUAACAAAGCGUCGAACAAAUCACCAAACGAUUACAUCAAAAUUACGAAGUAUGUGUAUUAUGAUUAUUAGUGUAUCGUUUAUAUUUUUCGUACUUGAAUUACCCGUAGGGAUAUUUAUUAUUUUCUAUCAGUCUAAAACAGGUAACUCUGACAGUGAUACAGCGUCACUUUUAAAUCUAUUUAAUAUCGGUGAUUUGUAUCAAAAUGCGACGUUUCAAACGACCGUUGUUGAAUCAUCAUCGUGUGUCGCUGCAACAUGGGCAAUAUUAAAUAUAAUGAUGUAUACUAAUCAUGUUAUUAAUUUUAUUAGUUAUUGUAUGACUGGCAGUCGAUUUCGAUCAGAAUUAUAUGCUCUAAUAUCGUGUAGAACAGGUUAUAUAAUAAGAUUGAAAAGUUCGAGAAAUCAGAAAGCGAACUAUGAUGGACUUAAAACGGAAUAUUUAAAAAGUGAUGGUAUUACACAUGAAAGACGUCGAUCAACAAGGACUAUUGUUGCAUUCAUGUUAAAUGGUGCACACAAGAGUCGUUCUUCAACAAUCAGAUUAAAUAAACCCGUCUUAGAAAUCCGUGAGAGACAAUUAUAA